AUGGUCCCGCUCCCGACCGUGAUCCCCCGUACCACGAGCGCGCACGUGGAGCUAGCCACCGCUCCUGAGGCCUGCGCUGAUGGGUUGGGAACCAGCUCUCCUCUGGCCCGGCUGAGAAGUGCCAUGAAGAAUACUAGUUAUACGCAGCAGAAUGCCUUCUUUGGCGCUUUUGUGGUGUUCUAUACGGAUGAGCAUUUGAGCGAAGACCCGUCCCCCUUCGAGCGGCGCCUCCAAUACAUCAGCGGGUGGGGCGGCGCGGGCGCCGGCGCUGUGCUGGCGGAGGGCGGCGCGGCGCUGUGGGUGCCCGCCGGAGACGUGCGACGAGCCCGAGAGACUGUGACUUGCGCCUGGCUGGUGAUUGAUGCUGAUGAUCCGAGACAGCCGACCAUUGCGCAGUGGAUUGGGGAGCGACUCGGGCGCAGCGGCCGCGUCGGCGGCGACGCUCGCCUGGCCAGCAUGGACGAGUGGCAGGACCUGUCGGCGGACCUGCAGCGGAAAGGACUCCAGUUGGUCCACAUCCCCACGCUGGUGGACCAGCUGUGGAACGACGAGAUGGACCCGGAGUUGAAGAGGCCGGAGUUCUCGAAGAUUGUGGCGAACUUGCACAAUGCGGAGUAUACAGGAGUGAGCUGGAGGGAUAAGGUGACAAUGGUCAGAGCAGAGCUUCGGGCAGUAGGUGUUGAUGCCAUGGUCGUCACGGGUUUAGAUGAGGUGGCAUGGCUCCUAAACGUGCGAGGUCGCGACCUGCCCCACGCGCCUCUCCUGAAGGCAUUCGUGGUGGUCAGUCUCCAGGACGUGAGGGUCUACGCGCCUCCGGGCAAGCUCUCCAUGCCAGUGAGGGAAGUGCUGGCCGUCUACAACUGUUAUACGACUAAUGUUAAUUGUACCAAGGUAAACGACUACACAGCAAUCUACACGGACCUGAGGCGUUCCAACGAAUGGAUGAAGAUCCUCAUUCCUGCCCCCGGGACCUUCCAAAGGGGGGCUUCGGCCGCCAUAGCCCAGAGCGUGCCUCCAGCCAAGAGGCAGGUGCAACUGUCUCCGAUCAUCUACCUCAAGGCCCAGAAGAACAUGGAUGAAGCUAAAGGCAUGCGUCGGGCUCAUUUGAGGGAUGCGGUCGCUAUGUGCACGCUUUUGAGCUACUUGGAGGGAAUGGUAAAGAAAGGCCUAGACGAGUUAUCAGUGGCCACCAAAGUGGACAUAACGAGGGCCACACAAGCCGGCUACGUGGGUGUCUCAAUGAAGACCAGAGCUGCCUUCGGCCCCAACGGCGCGGAUCCUGACUACCUGGCCACCAACAUGACUAGGAGGCGUAUCUUCACUAACUCCACGCUGGUGAUACGGUCUGGAGGACAGUACGAUGAAGGCACAACCGUCGUCACCAGAACUGUCCACUACGGGAUCCCGUCUCGCGAGGAGCGUAAGGCCUACACCACAGUGCUGCGCUCCCUAGCUGCCCUGGCGUCUCUGCAGACCCCGGCGCUGUUGCCGGCAGCCCACGUGGACCCCGUGGCCCGCGCGCCGCUGUGGGCCGCCAAGCAGGAUUAUCCAUACCCUACAGGGCAUGGGGUGGGCGCUGCGCUGAAUAGGCGGGAAGAUCCAGUUGUUAUUGACUAUCGGCAAGAUACCAAUUUACAUACUCUGAAGGAGGGAUACUUUAUUACGGCUGAGCCAGCAUGGUACGAACCAGGCAAGUUCGGGGUCCGUCUGGGCAACAUCGUGGAGGUGGUGCCGAAGCCGCGGGAGUACCUCGGGUUCCAGGAGGCCACCAUGCUGCCCUUCGAGCCCAAGCUGAUUGAUCGCAGCAUGCUCACUGAGUAUGAGAUAAACUGGCUGAACAGCUACAACACUCGCAUCCGUACCACCGUGGGCCCAGAACUGUCGAGCCAGGGCCUCAUGGAAGUGUUCUACUGGAUGAUGAACAAGACCGUGCACGUGGAGUCUCCAGCCAGGAUGAGGAAGAACAUCAACUCUGGCCAACCAGAAGUCUACCCUUUAGGCGUCGCCGCCGUGUUUAUUAUCGCUUGCUCUUUGAUCUUCUCGUAGAGUGUCUUGAUGCUUUGAUAUGUGGAACUGUAGGUAUACGUAUGAUAUAAGUUUAGUCGUUUGAAAUCGCA